AUGGGAUUCCAAUGUUUCUCUUUUUUUCUCACUUCUCCACAAAUUAAAUUUUUCAAUAAGAAACGUGUGACAAAACAAACAGCAGAAAAGAAAAGAACCGGCAAUAUUCAAUUCAUUUUAGUAAAUCAUCAGCAACAGCAACAAACAAAACAACAAAACUCAAAACAGAGUAUUCUACCUUAUCAAAUCAGCAACACAGCAGCAACAGCAACAACAGUUAAAAAGAAGAAGUUUAGAUUAUACAUUCAUUAUAUAACUCUAGAUUAA